AUGGCGGACUCAGUUCGUGACCUGAAAUCAACCCUCGCCUCCCUGCCACCGGUAGGAGCCAAAGAUCUCCGAGGCAAAACCGAAACCGCCAUCCGCUCCGGAUCCCUCAAAGUGCCCCUCCUCGUCGUUCUUGAUGAUGACCCUACCGGCACACAGACUUGCCACAAUAUCAUCAUCCUUACUGCCUGGGACACACAGCGGCUCAUUGAGGAGUUCCGGGCUACACCAGCGGGCUCAGGCUUCUUCAUCCUCACCAACUCCCGCGCCUUGCACCCACCCCAGGCGAGGGCGCUCAUCACUGAAAUAUGCCAGAACCUCCAGGCCGCCAGUAAGGAGACCGGGAUCGACUUUGAAGUCGUUCUAAGGAGCGACUCCACCCUGCGAGGCCAUUUCCCGCUCGAGGCCGAGGCUGCAGAGGCGGUGCUCGGCAAGGCGGAUGCCAUAAUUCUCUGCCCGUUCUUCCUCCAGGGCGGCAGAUACACGAUCGACGAUGUGCAUUACGUCCAAGAGGGGGACAGGCUCCUGCCAGCGGCGCAAACGCCUUUCGCCAAAGAUGCGACUUUUGGGUAUCAGAGCUCCAACCUGAGAGACUACGUGGUGGAGAAGGGCAAGGGAUCUAUUAAAAGGGAUGAUGUGACAUCCAUAAGCCUGGAGACGAUCCGUGUCGGCGGCACGGACGCAGUUCUGAAACAGCUGCUCGAGGCGACCAGCGACCCCUCCAGGAAACCAGUGAUUGUCUUGAAUGCCGCUGCCGAGGAAGACAUGGAUGUCGCCAUGGAGGCGCUGCUCAAAGCCUCAAGCUCAGGGAAGAGGUUCCUGUUCAGGACAGGCGCUGCAUUCGUCUCUGCGAGAUUGGCCAUUGAGGGCAUCGCGCCCAUUUCUGCCGCCACUCUGGGACUCUCAGGCAAGGUGGGAGGAUUGAUUAUCGCUGGGUCGUAUGUGCCCAAGACGACAGCUCAGCUUGAGUCGCUCCGGACCCGCAGCGGUGACAAGCUCACAUCCGUCGUUCUCGAGGUUCGGAAUCUGCUCGAGUCGCCCAAGAAUGCCACCAAGACGGUGUCGGAUGCUCUGAAGAUUGCAGAGGCGGAGAUUGCAAAGGGCCAAGAUGUGCUAGUCAUGACGAGCCGAGAGCUCAUCGUGGGCACUGACGAGGCGAAAAGUCUAGACAUUGGCUCCGUCGUUGCUAAAACACUGGUAUCCUUCCUCGAGAGACUCGAGCAAAAGCCUAGAUAUGUCAUUGCCAAGGGAGGAAUCACCUCGUCAGACAUGGCUACCAAGGGCUUGAGGUUCAAGCGCGCAGCCAUCGUAGGACAGGCCGCGCCAGGCGUUCCGUUAUGGCGAUGCGACGAGCCGUCUGCUAAAUGGCCUGGGUUGCCCUACGUUGUCUUCCCGGGCAAUGUUGGAACAAAUGAUACUCUCUUCGAGGUGGUUAAUGGCUGGCGGGUUUAG